AUGGAGGAAGGCGCCAAAACCAAGCUUAUACACUGGCACAAGGACGUCUGCGCUGAAGCAACGUGUCGCUGCGGCAAGUCCUCCGUUGCCCUCCUCAUUGACUGGCUCACGGUCGACGCCGGCGCCGGCUACCCCAACUAUGCGCGAUGGAAAUGCGGCAGCAAGGCGAAAGCCGGCCAGAACAAGCUCAGGAUUGCAGGCGAGAUCUCCUCCGACCUGCUAAAGCACGGCCUCCACCGAAGCGACAAGUCCGUCAAGGCCAAGAUUGAAGAGUUGGAGACCAAGUACGGAAAUGUGCUCGACAAGUACGGCAGCGGCAUCGACCAAGACGAAACCAUUCUCGGCGACCUGGCGCCCAUCCGCGCGCCCCGUGCUCUGCUCUUCGAACGAGGACGAGACCCCGGUAACGAUGGUAUCUCUAUCGCGUUUUGCCGAUGA